AUGACUCUAAACGUUACAAAUCCAUUCGAUAAUUACAUUAAAAUCAAAAGUCCCAAUCGAUCCGAUUACGAAGCUUAUAGCUCAAAAUGUUUCUUUUCUUAUCCUCCCAAUGGUACAGAAUUUCAAACGGGUUACCUCGGUAUUGGUCCUUCCAUAGUUUCCGGUAGAUUUCACUUACUUUAUCCUAAAAAUCGUUCAAUAAAUAUUUCAAAAAUUACUUUGGCUUUAAAAGGAGGUGAAUAUUGCGAAUUAGAUUUUGUACAAACUGUAAAUAAUACCUUUUUUGAAUCGAAUAUCGUUCUUUGGUCGUCAGCAGUUUCAGAACUAGAUCUUAGAUUCACAUUUAAACUUGACGACGAUUUACCUCCUUCCUUUACUUAUAAAAAUAUAGCAAAUAAUGUUUUAACUUGUGGAGUCACAUAUAUGUUAGAGGCUACUAUAUAUAAUAAUAAUGGUGUUCAUAAAGUGAUUAGAUGCAUUUGUCCAAUCACAAGAUGGAGUUUACCAUGUUUAGUCAAACAACCUGAAUCAUUAACUCGACCUAAAUAUAAUAAUCGACGAUGGAAUAAAUUAACUAAUUUUGGUGAUGGCAGUGGAGGAGGUGGAAAUGAAAUAGAAGAUAUUAUUUAUGAUGCAAAACUUGAAAAUAAAUCUUAUAAUAUUGGAUCAACUUUAAAUCUUUUAGUUUCAUUAAUUUUGCCCCCUACUUUUGCUUCUUCAAUAAAAGAGGUGCGAUUAGGAAUUAAAGAAUAUCAAAUUUUACAAGAUUCUGGAUAUUGUGUAAAUUUAUCAAAACAUAAGGUUGCCCAUAAUGUAUAUAAAGGAAAAGAAUUUAUUAAGGAUGUAAUAGUCGAUGAAAAAGAUAGUGUCAUUAAAGAAAAUCGAUAUUUAUUAGAUUUGGAAUUGAAAAUUCCGACGUAUGAUAUUAUUCCAGAUUUCGAAAAUACUCGUGAAAUAUUAAUUAAAAAGUCUUUGAGCGAAAAGAAGCUUGAUUUGGCAAUUAAAAAUGGAAUGAUUUGUGAUAAAACAUAA